AUGGGCAAGUACCUUGAAAGUUUAUUCCUAAGACAGCAUAACCAACUUGGGCAUGCUGAACAAUGUUUCGUAGACAAUCAUAAAAAAGAAAUUGUAGAGCAAAUUAUGCAUGUGAUAGACUGCGAAGCAUAUAUGAUAUCGAAAGGAUGUGUUUAUUUAAGAGAGAUUUCAGUGUAUAGAAUGUAUGAUCAUGUCACAAUGAUCUAUCAAGUAUAUAUGCCUUCUGUAUCGUUCAAUGAAAAAAGUAAGUAUCAGGUAAAGAAGAUUCACGGUUUGCCAGUAGUUAGAACGAAACGAAUGGGUGAUUUUUUACUAUACUUGGAAGUAUGGGAAUUGCUGUGCAAUGAAUUUAUCCGAUCGGCCGAUUUGGUUGCCUAUAAAAGUGGCACAAUCGAAAGGGAUUUGUUAAGACGGUUAGGUACAAAGGGAAUAAACAUCGAAAUUUUAGGUUGUGCCAAGUACAUUGACUUGAUUACCAAAUACGGUAUUCUACCAGUUCGUUGUCAAUAUCAUAAUCCUGGUGAUUAUCAUUGCUCAAGACAUGAAGUUCAGAUAUUUGCCAGAUAUCUGACAGAGCUGUUGAUUGACACAUCUUCAUCGGGGAACAUGUAUAAAUUAGUACCAAUGUGGGAUGAUGUUCAACGAAAAGCACACGAAUAUAACUAUUAUACUUUGUGUGGGUAA